GAUCUUAGAAUUUCAAGACAUGUAUUUCCUUGGACUGUUGUCUUUGCUAGUUUUGCAAAGUGAAGCCUUCAAGACCAACUUUCCUGAUGAAACCAUUGUGGAGCUCUCUGUGAAUGUUUACAACCAGCUGAGAGCUACCAGAGAGGAUGAGAAUAUCCUCUUCUCUCCUCUGAGCAUGGCAAUAGCCAUGGGAAUGGUGGAGCUUGGAGCCCAUGGAACCACUUUGAAAGAAAUUCGACAUUCCUUGGGUUUUGACAACUUAAAAAAUGGUGAAGAGUUUACCUUCCUGAAGGACCUUUGUGAUAUGGCAACUGCUGAAGAAAGUCAUUAUGUCCUGGAUAUGGCCAACUCUAUGUAUGUGCAGAAUGGAUUCCAUGUCAGUGACAAAUUCCUGCAGUUGGUGAAAAAAUACUUUAAAGCUGAAGUAGAGAAUGUAGAUUUCAGCCAAAGUGCAGCUGUGGCCACACACAUCAACAAGUGGGUGGAGAAUCACACGAACAGUAUGAUCAAAGAUUUUGUGUCUUCAAGAGAUUUUGGUGCCCUAACUCAUUUGGCUCUCAUCAAUGCAGUCUACUUUAAAGGCAACUGGAAGUCACAGUUCAGACCUGAAAAUACAAGAACUUUUUCUUUCACUAAAGAUGAUGAAAGUGAAGUGCAAAUUCCAAUGAUGUACCAGCAGGGAGAGUUUUACUAUGGAGAGUUCAGCGAUGGCUCCAACGAAGCAGGUGGCAUCUACCAAGUUCUGGAAAUCCCUUAUGAGGGAGAUGAGAUUAGUAUGAUGAUUGUCCUUUCCAGACAGGAAGUUCCACUGGUCACAUUGGAACCACUGCUCAAAGCCUCCUUGAUUAAUGAAUGGGCUAAUUCUGUCAAGAAGCAAAAAGUGGAGGUGUAUUUACCAAGGUUCACAGUAGAACAGGAAAUUGAUCUGAAAGAUGUCUGGAGAGGUCUGGGAAUCACAGAGCUGUUCAGCAGUAGUGCUGACCUCACUGCCAUGUCUGAUAACAAGGAACUUUACCUUGCAAAGGCAUUGCACAAGGCAUUUCUAGAAGUUAAUGAGGAAGGAUCAGAAGCUGCUGCUGCCUCAGGAAUGAUUGCUAUCAGCAGGAUGGCAGUGCUGUAUCCCCAAGUAAUAGUGGACCAUCCCUUUUUCUUUUUGGUCAGAAAUAGAAGAACAGGUACUGUGUUAUUCAUGGGAAGGGUAAUGCACCCUGAAGCAAUGAGUACAAGUGGCCAUGACUUUGAAAAGCUUUAACUGCCACCAGCUACCAAAAAAAGGAAAUAAGCACAUAAAGUUUGAAGUUAAUAUAUUUAAGGUUUGCUGUGUUUUCCCCCCAAGAUACUGUUUAAAAUGCUUCUGGAUCUACCUAUGUGCAAGUCAGUUCCCAGAGGAAAGCUUCCAGUGUUAAUGGUUCUGUUCCUGUCAUUGUGAUUGCUGUGUCCUUAAAAUAAAGUUGUGUACAUGUUAACAA